AUGUCAGAAUCAACAAUGAUAUCCUCCGCCGUCCUCAUCCCCGAGGAGCCACGGCUGGAACAACAACAGCAGAACGUCUCGCUGAAACGUCGUCAAUCGUCCGUCUCUCAAACCUCAGAUUCGAACAAGCGGCCUCGAUUUGACACGCGGAAAUCCACCGCCUCGAACGACGGCGAAGCGUCCCCGGGCGCCGGAUCCUCCCCGACCACUGAUAGGAGCGCGACGAGGCCCCCAAGUGCAAUGUCACCUCCUGCAGCACGCCGUCGGCAAACCUCUGGCCUCGAGCAAGACAAGUCGCGCAACCGGCGCCUCUUUGGCGCGCUACUAGGCACCCUCUCGCAGUCCUCCCAACCUGCGCGGCGAUCCUCUGCGAGCGGCGCCCAGAAGUCCAAUACGGCGACGGCGAUAGUAAAUUCGCGCCGCGAAGAGAUUGAAUCCCGUCAAAGAGAACGGCUAAAGCGGGAAUCGCAUGAGAUCGCCGAGUCUGCGCGCCAAAAACGGGAGGAAUUGAACCGCGGACGGCGAAAAGAACAGCUCCAGUGGAACGAAGAAGCCAUGCGAAUGCGGCAUAGGAAUAUGCGCGCCAUGGCCGGGUUCCUGCACACGAAGGCUGAACCAAAGUUGUACUACAAGCCUUGGGAGUUACGCGACCUGGAAAUAGAACAAAUCAAGCGGCAGACGGUAGAAGUGGAAGCGAAAAUCGAGCGUGAAGUCGAGGAUUUCGAGGCCAAAAAGCGGAAACGACAACAGGAAGAUGAUGCAGAUAGGCCGGUCGGAGAAAGGGAUAGAAAAGAGCAACCACCGAGUCCGGCAACAAGUCGCAGUGUUGCAAUGGAUGUUGACGAGGGUCGCCGAUCUCCAGACGAAAAGCCGCACGAAAAGAGGGAAGCCACGGACGUCGAAACCCAGAGCCAUGACCGCAAUGCCGACGAGAAGAUGAACAUCGACCAGCCUGUCCCCGAGGAAAUUGCUCGGUCUUUGAGCGACGAGCAGGGACCUACAAAGCAGGCCGAAGUGGGAAGAUCAACGAGCAGCAAUAAAAGUGACGAGCAUGACCAUGGCGGCGAGGAGCUGGAGCAAGGACAAGAGGACGAUGUUAUCUACUGA